GUUUUAGAGGACUCUCCACCGAUUCUGAUUGAUGUGGUACAUGGUACUCAUGCCUAUUCUCCGUCUGGAGAACUGAUCGUCGCUAGAAGUGCAACUGUUAGUUUUUCUUGUCUUUCACCGAAGAAAACGUUCUCUUUAAAAUCAGUAACCGUUCAGCUGACAAUUGCCAUCGCUCAACCUGAAGACAGCGGUCUGCUGCAUUGCAUCUUACCCAGUGGCAAGCGGAACACUAUACGAAUUCGAGUAGAAGAUCGUUUUUGUCCACCGCAACAAAACUCGUCGCAUCUUUCGGUCUACUUGACCAGAAGAAAUUUGUUCAUUGGAACAGUGGCGCAGUUUUCAUGCCCUGUAGGGUACAAACCACAUGGGCAUACCACAGCUACCUGUGAAGACGAUGGAACAUGGAGCCAUUCACCACCGGAGUGUCAUGCGAUACAGUGCCCUCCAUUAGCAGUUGACAGCCGUUCUAUGAUGGUUACCGUAUCGUCGUAUAAAUUCGGUGGUAUUGCCCAAUUCCAGUGUGCCAAAGGGUAUUUUAGAUUUACAUUGAUAGGAGCUGAACAUAUACACUGCCAAAGUGAUAGCACAUGGAGUGAAAAGAUCCCAUUUUGCACAAUUGUAAAAUGCGAUAAAAUCAGCCCACCCAAGAACGCUGUUCUGCUUUCGCCACCGAAGAAACAAUAUCAUCGCGGUGACGUGAUGCUGUUUGGAUGUUUGCCAAAUCAUAUUUUAACAGGAGGCGACUUUGUCGUAUGUCAGCCAAAUGGACAGUGGACGAAAUAUAUUACGAAAUGCGAUCCGUUUUGCCGCUUUCCUGGCGCUCCAGCUCAUGGUGCAUCAACGUCACCACCCAAGGACUACUAUCUUGUAGGCGAGAAAAUAGUUUACUAUUGUCCAUCACAUGAAUAUAAGCUAGAUUCUGAAAAUGUGCUUACAUGUAUAGGAGCUGGAAAAUGGUCUCGAAAAAUUCCUUCAUGUGUGCAUGACCGGCGAAAUUGA